AUGCCGGAGGACAAAGUCGAGGGGGAGAGAGAUGUCGAAGUCCAACGUCAUUCAACUGAUAGAUUAGCUGCCAUCGAGCAUGGAAUCAAAGGCAUUCUCCACUCUUCCAAGACUCGAAAAGUCCACACAUUGGUACGACGGCGCGCGGUUGACCGUAUAACAGUAGCGAUUGAUUAUUUUCAAGAACUUCCACAGCUUCUUGAUCGAAAGCUCAAGGCGUUCAUCGGAGAAGUUUCCGACGCCUUCGUUGAGUAUUUGGAAAUCCACAAGCACAGGUAUUUGCAGGAUGCUGGGCGUCGUAAAGAGGACGUGCUGCCGCUGCCAAGAGCAGUCUGCUACAUUCUCUAUACUUUCUGUAAGGUUCGCGGCCAAAAUAUCAUCACUCAGUUGCUUCAUAAUGAGCCUCGAUACUUAGAACCCAUGUUCGAAGCUUUUCUUCUCUGGAAUCCUUGGAUUACCAAGUCACGAGGACCCAUCCCUUUUGACGAAGACAUAUGUACAUGGCAAGAGCGAUACGUUAUGCUCAUCUGGUUGUGUCAUUUGUUGCUUGUUCCAAACGAUCUCACCAACGUCUUUCCGGAAGAGUUUGGAGACGAAUUGACAAUGCCACCGCUUCUCAUGCCCGUCCCGCGUUCUUUACCUGCAAUCUCUAGGCGGCUGAUCCAAACCGCCACAUUCUUCCUCGAUAAAGCUGGACCGGAGCGAGGACCUGCAGUGAAGCUUCUCUUACGGCUGACGCUCAGGACAGAUAUGUCGCGUGCAAAUCUCGACCAGUGGAUGAUCCCAUGGACUGUGAGCUUAGUCGAGGAGGUUGAUUUGGCUCAAACGAGCGACGUUUUCUUCGCCCAUUCAGCGCUUUCUUUCAUGGGAGAUUUUCUCAAGACGGCGGACGAGAGAACUUUGAUAUGCAAUUUUUCGUCUGUUUGGAAACUAGCGCAGACGACUCUGAACGAUGAGCAAUGUCAAUCAGCCUUGUUUGCCACCGGCGGUAUUGGUGCUCUUACCGUCAAGCUUUAUCGAGAGCUUGGUUCUGUAGCAUAUCCAAUUCGAUGGGGCGAUCAAGAAGACAUCCUGCAAGCGGUCAUUUCUUUCCUGCUAUCCAUGCUUGCCGAUGAGAGCACAACGGUUCGCUUCAAAGCAAGUAAGGCACUUGGAGUCGUUUCUUCGCAGAUCGGACAGGAUCUUGCGGAGGAGGUGUUGGAUCAAAUACUGUCAGAUCUCUCAGAAGACUUCAAUGAGAUCGAUCAAUCCUCUAUUUCAGCACACGAUCAGCAGUACAAGAAAACUCCUCUUACGCAUCAAAAUGCUACCUCAGACGAACAAUAUCUACCUCCGAAAGUUCAACUUGCGAUUGAAACCCCAGACAUCGACUACCAAAUGUCAAAUGCUAAUCUUUGGCAUGGAUACGUCCUUGCUAUCGCACACUUGCUGUUUCGCCGCGCUGUUCCUGUGACUUCUCUCUCACGUAUCGCUUCCGUCCUCACUAAAGCCAUGAGCUUUAAUCAGCAGAACAUACAGGGAGCUAGGGUAGGUGAGAAUGUUCGGGACGCGGCAAUCUUCUCAGUCUGGGCGCUUUCGAGAAAAUACAAAACGAACGAGACAUUCUCUCCUGAUCAUUCAUUCAUGCAUGACCUAUCAUUUCAACUAGUCUCCCUCGCAUGUUUCGAUCCAGCAGGUAAUAUCCGCCGGGGAGCUUCAGCCGCACUACAGGAGAUGGUUGGUAGGCACCCAAACAAGAUCAAAGAAGGGCUCGGAUUAGUCCGGAUUGUCGACUAUUACGCGGUUGCAUCCCGAACUAACGCGAUGCUCAAGGUCGCCUCUGAAGUCUUGCGUCUUUUGAACGAUGAUCAGACAGCGCUACUUCUGUUUUUGGGUCUGAAAGGCUGGAGAGGUUUUCAAAGCCGUGAUGUCGCUGACCGCCGCCUCGCUGCUCAAAGUAUAGGAUAUCUGAGCGUAGCCUCUUUAAAUACCUUCAAUCAGUUCACGUUCUUUUGGCAGGCUGCGUAUGCUGCUUCCAAUGGAGAAGCCGUGCUGCACUCUAGCCUCCUCAUGGCACUGGGUGCAAUGCUGGACACAAUUCACGGAAUGUGGCAAAGUCAUGACAAUGACCGUAGGAUGCAUGACAUUCUCAGCAAGGAUCGUACGAGAAUAGAGGCACGAACCUCGGAUGCCGUUGCGAGUGGAAGUCUCCCAAUGGACUGGAAAAUACCUAUAGCUGCCUUAAAGAGUCUACAAGGGGAAGGCGCUUUGUCUUCAGGAGCAGAUUCUGGUAGCAUGCAAGAAGCUGUAUGUCUUUUUGUACAGUCAUUUGCGUCAAUUGCAGGCUACAGCCAUCGCAAUCUGCCCUUCUACAUACCCUUACCGAGUGAAGAAGAGGUCAAGGAACAAAUCAGGGACGUCGAAAGGUGCCUUCUCUCAUCAGACUCAGCCGUUCAAAGGGUAUGUGCAGGGGCUCUUCACGCCUUACUCUGCCUUGCAUCAUCGGGAUUGCUGCAGAACACGGUUCACAGAUGGCUGCAAUAUCUCGGAAACCCUGAAGCUCGCAAACUUCAAAAGGUCAUUUGUCUCACCGAGUCAAUAGGUCUAAUGUUUCAUCUCUUCGAGGCCCCAAGUCGUCAAAGUGUCGUGAGCUAUAUUGACUGCCGGAACGCUACUUUGAAUAUGAUCAACCAGCUUCUCAGCGAACCUUGGGAAGAGAUCAGGUGUGCAGCCCUCCGCGCUGCAACAGAGGGACCUAUCAAAUGCAACAUAACCAACGCUGCACUCUUCAGCGCUAUCGAGAACUCCCUCACUGACUUCUCGAUCGACCACCAGAGCCGUGACGUCGGCUCCAGCGUCCGCCUCGAAGCCAUUACCGCCACCGAGCUCCUCCUUCAGACCCCCUCAGACAAUCUGCUCGACUCACAAGCCCGACAACGCCUGAUCAUCCUCCUCUGCGCUCUCGCCGUCGAAUACUACGACAAAAUCCGCGUCGAAGCAACAUCCUGCCUUCGUCGAAACUGGCAGGCAUUCGGUCUCUUCAGCUUCACAUAUCCGUAA